AUGAAACACGUUCUCCAGGCCAAGCCAGAGCAACGCCUGAAGCUCUUCUCGGACCUCAUCAGCAUCUAUUCCCAAAUUUUUCAGCUUCGAUUCUCCGUCGCCGGAUCGCUUAUGCCGAGCUCCGAUAAACAUGACGGCCCUCGUGUUGAUGGACUGCUCAGCAUGGCAGAGAAUGAGCUUGUAGUGUCAACACGUAGGAGUACUCCGGGGCCAAGGAUUCUGCACUCGGCCGAGAGCUAUGUACAAUACCAACUUGGCAUCGUGUCUAAAUCAGCUCGCUUGCCUUUGAUUGACGGUACGCUCAACGACGUGAGAGAUCAAGUCUUUGCACUUGACCACCUGGAGCUUGAAGCUCGCCGAAGCCUGGGGGACUUGCGGCCACACGAAGACGCCUCAUUCAUCCUCUCACAUCCCGACUUGCACUAUGCCAACAUUAUUGUUGACGAGAACCUCAGAAUCCAGGGCAUUAUCGAUUGGGAGUUUGCAGGAACAGUACCGCAGCACCUGUUUACGCCGCCGGCGUGGACGACUGGUCAUGACGGGCGUGGAUGCCUAAGACCGCCCAAGGAGAUUGUGUCGGGCUUUCAAACGGCCCUGCGACUCAGCAAGCAUGAAGAGUUGAAGAGUCAUUGGAAGCGAAUCGGGCAACCCGUCACGCUUGCAACGGCGCAAAUAUUCUGUCACCCGACCAAACUCGAGCGUUUAUUUUUCGACUUUGUAUUCCCUAGGAUGUAUACGGGCUCGCGGGAAGAGAUUGUAACCCUUUUCUUCUCUGGCGACAAGAAUGCAGCGCUGGCAGCGCAAGCCGAGAAGCAACUGAGAAGAUCAGACCGGUAUAAGUCGUAUUUGCAAGAGCAUGGCUUAUACAAUGACAUUGAAGAAGAAAAGGCAAGAUUGACGGAUAUGACGGCUAGAAUUCUUGAUGUUUUGUUUCCGAGUACAUAA